CCAAGGAAAAGGGAAAAACCAGUGAGGAAGAUUAACAGGCAUUCAUAAAACAGAUUCUGGUAAUUUCAAUGGAUGAUCGCGAGGAACUUUUCAAGGCGGUGUUCGGCGAAUCAUCAGACAGCGAGGACGACCGGAAUCAGCGAGAAGACCAGGAAGAACACCGACUAGCCGUUGAUUCACCGGACUAUAAUCGAUCUCAGCCAAAUUUGACUCAAAAUCACGAACCUGUCUGGGAGCAAGUGAGGGAGAUAACUGGAUUGUGGCUGUGCAGAAACUUCCUCUCCCCUCAGCAACAAUCUUCGUUGCUCGCGGCCGUCCAAGAAGAGGGGUGGUUCACGGAAGAAUCUCACAAUCAGGCUAUGAGGUUCGGAGAUCUUCCUCCGUGGGCAACUGAACUUUCUAAACUUAUUGUCAAAGCGGUGCUAUGGGGUAAUCUGGACAUGGUUAGCAGUGAUAGCGAAGACAUGAUUUCCAUAUUUCCAUCAGCUUUAUUGCGCAGAGAACCACUGUUUGAUCAACUGAUCGUAAACUUAUACCAACCAGGUGAGGGAAUCCGUGCGCAUGUUGACCUAAUGCGUUUUGAAGAUGGCAUUGCCAUUGUGUCCCUGGAGUCCUCCUGUGUGAUGCAUUUCUCACGAGUUGGAGAAGAGUGUGAGAAUGACAUUGUUGUGGAGCAAGCAGCAGGAAAUGGUCCAGCCACGGCGAAGAUUCCAGUUUACUUGACUGCGGGAUCUCUAGUUGUAAUGUCUGGAGAAGCUCGGUAUCUUUGGAAACACGAGAUAAAUCGCAAGCCAGGAUUUCAGAUCUGGAAGGGCCAAGAAUUGCAUCAGAAACAAAGAAUCUCCAUAACCCUGAGAAAGCUAUGCCAAUUCGAGUAAUUACACUCUAUCUGUCUGCCCGAUUGAGAGCAUUUUAGCAAUUGCAGUAAAAUAUAUAGAUUUUAUGCGGAUUUACAGGUCGGAAAUAGGUGCAAUGGAAAUGAUUUUUUCGUUAGUUUGGAGAAGAAUACGAAGAAAUGAAAUUUUUUGAAGAACUACGAAAAAUAUGUUAAUUGAAUUUGGUUUGACAA